CUCAGCCUGAGUGAGAAUUCUGCGCGCGGGGAAUACAGACAUUAAGCGCGGCACCAAGAAACACAACAGUGCAUGCUGUUAUUGUCUAUCGAAGGCUGUUAGUUUCUUUCUCGUAUUGUGAAGAGAUUUUUGUUCAUAGUGAUAAAAUGUGGAACCAAGGCUCAUACGGAGAGGCGAGCAUGGGUGGUGGAUACACUCAGUCACCAGGGGGCUUUGGCUCACCUGCUGCCUCCCAGGGGGGAGAGAAAAAAGGGCGGUCAAGGGCACAGCAGAUAGUCCCCUGCACAGUGUCACAACUCAUGUCAGCAGCCCAGGCUGAGGAUGUCUUCAGAGUAGGCGAGGUGGAGGUUGCACAAGUUACUAUUGUUGGAAUCAUUAGAAGCACAGAUAAAUCCAUGACUAACAUCCAGUACAAAGUCGAUGACAUGACAGCAGCCCCUAUGGAUGUGAAGCAGUGGGUAGAUACAGAGGAUCCGAGUGUGGACAGCUCAGUCAUUCCUCCGGACACAUACGUCAAGGUCUCUGGCAACCUGCGUUCUUUUCAGAAUAACAGGUCUUUGGUGGCAUUCAGCGUUCGGCCAAUGGAGGACAUGAAUGAGAUCACUUCUCAUAUGCUAGAGGUUGUUCAAGCUCAUAUGCUGCUCAGCAAACCACAGGCCAUGAUGGGGGUAGGAGGAGGCGUAAGCAGCAGCAUGGUGCCUAUGUCCCGCUCUGGCCCAGGUGGCACGGGCAUGAGUGGUGGCUACUCUGGGGCCAAUGCCAUGGCCAAUAAUGGAUUAAAUCCUAAUCAAAAUCAGGUGUUAUGUCUGAUAAAGAGCUGCCCAGAACCACAGGGGAUCAGCAUACAGGAGUUGAAGCAAAGACUAAGUGGCAUGAGCAUGACUAUAAUCAGGGACGUUGUGGACUUUCUCAGCAAUGAAGGACACAUUUUCUCCACUAUCGAUGAGGAUCACUUCAGAUCAACAGAUCAAGAGGCCUGAGGACCAUCUAUCAUCUUUAAGCACUGCAAAACUAGAUUAAACUAUGUUCAUCUAUUUUAGCACGUUAUAUGUACUGCUUCGGCAAAAGCAUGUUACAUAAUCAGUGCUAUAAAUAUUUUAAGAGCAGGAAAUUGUCAGCCUAAUGUGUGUCCAUAUUCAAGAUGAGAAGUUAUUCAUGCUGAUCUCAGAGUUUGUGAAGGGAAGUAUAAAAGUAGAAAAAAAAACUAUCUUUUGGUAUACAUUUUAAUAUUAAUGUACACGGUGUCCUUUAAAACAUUUAUAUUCCUAAAUAAAUGGUAAUAACUUGUAAAA